AUGGCAUUACCCAUUGAAGAGAUAGAUAGAGAAAGGAGGGCUAUCUUUUUCAAGAGUUCAGCGGAUAUAUCUAAGUCUUCAGAUCAAGAUGCUUAUGACCUCACCACACAAGGCCGCGUUAAUGCGCUUUAUGAGGAUAUGCGCCUUCCUGAGCCUAAAUUUCGGGGUUUUGUCUAUAAUUACUCCCACUAUCUAACACUUUGUUCCUACACGGACUCGGGCCGAUUGAAAGUCAAACAAAAGGUUGAAUAUGACUCUGUUAUUGCUACUUACCCUUGUGAACAAGACCCGGCUGUUGUUUUUAUUGUUGUAUCUACUUCAAGAAGUCGGCACUAUGUAAGAGUUCUCAGAUUCCCCACAGCUAUAAUUGGUACCAAAUUUCGAUAUGUUAUUGACCAACUACAGAUGAGUCCUGUUCAUGAAGUUGGUUAUUACAGAAAUGAAAGUAUUCGCACUGCUAACAAUUCUGGUUCCAGCUGGUCGACUCCAAUGGCAGAGGAAAGUGAUGUCAGUGCAACGUCUGCCUCGCAUUACUUCAAUCGAACAGCUGCCCAUAAUCCAACAAUGAGAGACUUCUAUGCUAGGGAAGAGUCGAGAUCACCUAGAGUUCAACCUUUCGCAUUUAACACUAAUCUUUAUGGUACAAGGCGUUCACCACGGCGAAGUGAUAUUUUUGAUAACUUUGAUGCUACUGAUUAUGAGGUUUAUCGACCGGUUUCCAGAAAAUCUCGAAUAGAGGAAUAUAACAAUAUUGAGUUUACACGACGAUCGAAUUCCCGCCACCGACCAUCGAGAUCGCGGGUAGAAAGUUCUGGAAGAAACUACAAUAGUCGGGCAGCGGUCCGUAGAAAGAAUCUUCACUAUCUAAAUUCCGAAUAUGAGGAUCAUCGAAGCAAUCGCAAUAACUAUGAAGCAUCCAUGUCAAGAAAUGGAUCCGUUCAUCGCUCAAUACCGUUCCAUUAG